UUGGACAAAGUUGUAAAAACUCGCAUCUGAGUGUGAGCAGCGGCCACGCGCCUAAGGGCGGGAAACAUCUGUCCGCGUGCUCCGGGGCGCGCGCCGCAGCUGCACUCCCUGAGCAUCUGCGGCAGCUGAAGGUGCGCGGGGAUGAGCGAGCGCGGGGGCUCCCAGGAGGAGCCGGAGCGUCCAGCCGGGGGGGUUCGAUUCGUGACGAAGAGGAGCGGCCACGCGGCGCAGCUGUCCUCCACCUGCAGGUCAGCAGAGGAGGUGCUCUUCAGACCCCCCAGCAGGUUCCGGCGCCAGGCCCAGCGCCUCUCUGGAGUCUUCAUCCGUGGACCCGGCUCCAUGGCCCUGACGGCGGCUCUCCGCUCGUCCCGGUCCGUCCAGACCAGGAAGGGCAGCAUGUUCCCAGCGGAAGUUCUGGACGACCCGGCGGAGCUCUCCAGCCAGAUCACGGCUCCUGGGAUCCUGAAGAUCUUUGGAAACGAGAUCUGUGAAGGAGCUCACUACAAAAGCGUGCUGGCCACCACCCACUCCAGCGCCAAGGAGCUGGUGAAGGAGGCGCUGGAUCGGUACGGUCUGAGCAAGCGGGAGGCCGACGCCUACAUCCUGUGCGACACCAUCGGCUCCAUCCACAGUCGGCAGUGGCGGACGGAAGCGUUCCGGGUCGUCUGCGACCACGAGAAGCCCCUGGUGCUGCAGUCGCUAUGGAAACCCAGAGAGGGUUUGGCGAGGCGCUUCGAGAUCCAGAAGAGGAGUUUGGUGGAGGAGCAGACGUCCAGGGAGAAGGACACCGUGACGGCCGGUCUGAACGCUCAGGCCCGUAAGCUGCAGAAGAGCCGCUCCAGAGUCUCCUCCACCCUCCUGGAGAGGGCUGCUGGGUCCAAACUGUGGAGGAGCAAAAGUGAGAUGGACCUUCUGGACCCCGACACCAAACAGGACCCGAGAUUCAUCAGACAGAACCUGGAACCCACCCCAGAACAGAACCCUGCAGCCCCCCGAGGGGGGGCCCAAACGGAGAGUCUCCGUGCGGCCAAGUCAGCAGGUGAGCGUGAGGGGGAGGAGUCUGAGAGGGAGGAGACGGAGAGCAGCGGCGAUAACACCACGCAGUACUCCCUCCACCCCCCCCACGACUGCCCCUACCUGCUGCUGCUGCAGGGCCGCUCUGCUCAGGACUUUGUCAUCUAUCUGCUCGCCGCCCCUCUCGUUGGCGUUGGCCGGCACACCGACGACGACGACGGUCCUAAGAGUGACAUCAGCCUUCACGCCGCCGACAUCCUUCCCCAGCACUGUCACUUCCUCCGCCGCAGACCUGGCGAGCCCGUUGUGCUCCGCCCCUCCACAGAUGCCUUCGUGACGAAAAAUGGUGAAGUGCUGAGAAGCGACGUGCCCCUGAGCCCUGGUGAUGUCAUCGGGCUGGGCCGCCACUACCUGUUCCUGUUCAAAGAUCCGUCAGCGCCGCUGCAACAGGACGGCGAAGCGCCUGACCUCAGCUGGUCGUCAUGGAGCCGCAGCCCGUCUGCAGCGAGGCGCAGCUCCCAGACGUUCGUCUGCAGCAGCUGCGUCUCCCACCUGCAGCCUCCUGCAGGAGCAGCCGAGGCGCUCAGCCUGUCGCUGAACUACGAGGCUGAAGACGAGGAGCGGCUGGUGAAGAAGAUCGUAGCGAUGCCAGGAGGAGACCGCGCUCCGCUGAGCGUCUCCUUCCUGCUGAGCCUGUGUCUUCAUCGCUCUUCGUCGCGCCUUCGGGCCUCAGACCUGCGCAGAAUUCUGCUGCUGAUAGCGAGUAACUGUCAGACCGCCGUGUGGGAACACACGAAGAACGCGGCAGCAGCUCAGCCGGACGUUCAUGGAGACGAAGCUUUCACCCCAGAGGAACUCCACGCUCUCCGUUUGGACCAGGUCCUCUCAGGACUGCGCCCCCUGGUGUUGUGGAUGUCCAACAGCCUGGAGCUGCUGCACUUCAUCCAGUACCAGCUGCCGCUCAUUUUGGAGUGGAGGAGCCAAACAGCGUUUGGAGGAGGGGAGGAGGAGGAGGAGGAGGACAUCAAGACCUUCGAGCUGCUGGAGCUCCGCCUCCCCUGCAUCCGCUCAGUCAGCGAGGAGACCAGCUCUGCCCUGGAGGAAGUCCUCUUGCUCUCCUUCCAGCAGUGUGUCUUCUACAUCACCAAGUUCCUUCACCCCGUCCUGCCGGCUCUUCUGGACUGCAACCCCUUCUCCGGAGGUCCGGGGUCGGCCCCCGGGGGUCUGCGUGUUCCGGUGGAGGUCCGGCAGGUGCUGCGGGUUCUGGACCAAACCGGGACGCUGCUCUCGGACUGCCGGGUCCAUCCAGACGUCUCGGCUCAGCUCCUCGGCUACGUCUUCUACUUCAUCAGCGCGUCGCUCUUCAACUCUUUCAUGGAGGGAGGCUCAGAACCGGGCUUCUAUCACUGGUCCAGAGGUGUGCGGAUGCGGGCCAACCUGGACCUGCUCCUGGACUGGGCCCACGCAGCUGGACUGGGAGACCUGGCCUUGGAGAACACACAGGCCCUGUCGGCAGCCAUCAAUCUGCUAGCCACGCCCCCAAAGAAGCUACUGCAGUGUUCCUGGGCGGGGCUCCGCUCCGAGUACCCCUCCCUGAGUGCGGCCCAACUGAACCACCUGCUGAGUCUGUACAGUCCAGCCCCGCCCUGCCGUCAGGCGUGGACGCCAUCGCCGCAGGACCUGUGGGCGGCCCGUCAGACCUCCGCCAUCCUGCAGAGCUUUGACUCCCAUCAUCCUCUGCUGCUCCCUGAUGAAGGCUACCAGCUUCAGCUGACCGCCACCGGGACAGAACCGGCUCUGAUGGAAGAACUGGACCGGCUCAAAGAGUUCAUUUCAAGCCUCUCGGCCCCCCAGCAGCUCAGCAGCCAUGGAGCACGCUCUCCAUCCCAGGAGCUCAGACAUGUGGAGCAGCAGGCCAGGAAGACCCGUGAGGCGAAGACGGCAGCCGCAGGCCCCCUCACCCCGCCCGCCACCCCCCAUGAGCAGGACGGCCCCCUCCGUAAAGCUUCACCUGCAGAUGGGCGGAGCUUUGAAAGCCCGACUGCUCUGACAGCAGACGGCUGCAGACUGGAGCUGAAAGAGGAGGAGGAGGGGGGCGAUGAAGAGGUGUUCAGCUUGGAGUUGGAGCGAGGUGAAGGACUUGGUCUGGCUCUGAAGGACUCAGAGGACAAACCACUGAAGAGGGUGGGGGGCAUCUUCAUCCACGCCGUUCUCCCAGAAUCCCCUGCUGCUCAGCGGGAGAAGCUGGAAGCAGGAGACCGGAUCCUGAUCGAACUGGACCACCAGAGUGGCAGAGAGCAGAUCCGGUCGUCCGGGACCACCCUGAGGUUGCUGGUGGGGGGAUCCUCCUGCGAGGCUCCGGCUGUGCAGACCGGGUUCUGAUGCUGAGGAACGGAUACCGAGUUGGGCCUGAAAAGGUUCUGGAGAGUCGAGGGAGGAUGAGGAUGAAGCUGCUGGCUUUACUGUGAAAGGUUCUGGGUGCGGUCGGGGCGGGUUUGGACUCAGACUGUGGGUUUAUGGACGUCAGACAGCAAAACCACAAACAGGCGAGCAGGAGGAGGCAGAACAGUCUGUGGAAGUCCAAACCCGCUUUAUUACGGCUCAUAAACUGAGUUCUCUGACGGGAAUCUGUGCCAAACAUUAAAUCAUUUCAACUUUA